CAUUUCGUCAUCAUAAACAAACGAUCUGUGGUAAUUUUUUGUCAGCUGAUGGGAGGUAACCUGAUUUGAAGCAGCAACUUAGUAUUAGAACUGCAUCGCAAAAGGAAAGAGCUGUGAACUGCAUCUUUCAAACUAAAGCGAAUUUUUUUCAAAGUGAUGGCAGAUGUUGAAGAGUCGAUAACGCCAGAGGGUGAGAGCUCCGCUUGCCAAACGAUCGGCGUCAGUGACGAUCAGCCGCCCUUCAAGCGAAGAAAAGCCCAAGAUUACAGCCAAGCGAGAAGUACAAGUGACCUCGAGACAAGAUUGUUACGUGUUCUUUCUUGCUCGGUGUGCCUUGAUUUGCCCUCAGGAUCCAUAUAUCAGUGCCCAAAUGGCCAUCUCAGUUGCAGUGGAUGCUUGAGCCACGUGCUUGCUGAUGCGAGGUUGAAAAAUGAGCCUGCCACCUGCCCUAGCUGCCGUAUUGAGAUCAGCCACAAAAUAUGCUCACGAAAUUUGGCUGUUGAAAAUGCAGUAUUAGAGAUGCCUAUUGAAUGUCACUUCUGUCACACAGAGUUUUCAAGAAGUCAGAUUCGUUGGCAUGAAAAUGAGCAAUGCCUUCAAAGGAUCUCGAAUUGCAAGUACGCUGUUCUAGGCUGCUGUUGGGAAGGGCCUAAGGCCAAACAAGAAGAGCACGAGAAUGUUUGUGAUUUUCCCAAGAAGACUGGUUCCGAGCUGAUUACGUCUGUCGUAUCGCAUUUCGAGAAGCUGAAUGAGGCCAUGUCUCAUCAAAAACUGUUGGUGCAAAUGAUGUCUUGUGAAAAAAUAUCAAUUUGUGACUUGCAGCUUUCACCGAGUCGAACCGAUGACUUCAUUCCAAAAUUAUUUUACGAAUCAAACCGUUUCAGUGCAUUUGACCAAACUUGGAUCAUCAAGGCAAAGAUUCAAGGUGACGAGAAAAGCAUCGAGAGGAAAUUCGCUUAUCAACUGGUCUGCAGGAAUAAAUGCAAUCUUGAAUUGAAAUAUUUCGCUGUUAAAGGACCAUUUGGCGACAUGGAUAUUGUUCCUGAACUUCAGAGAUUUGAGUUUCAGGAGGACCAUCGCGAAAGUGUCUUUCACCCUAUUGCAUUAAAAACUCCGUCGGACUGCAACAAACUCCUAAGCUCAAAAACGAUAAAUUUAAGACUUCUGUUGUUUUUGAUUGGCAAAUAAUACAUUUUGCUAAAAUGCUAAAAUAUAUUUCAAGCCAUAUAUAUUUAUAUUUGUAACAAAUUUUAACAUCACUGCAUAUAUUUGUGUUUAAAGCAAUUUUUUGCUCUUCUGUUGUUGAAUUUCCAACAAUCUAGUCUUGAAUUUUUGUCGCAGACAAAACCAUUGUAAAUCUCUGUACUCAUCAAAUUAUUUCAGUUGUGUGUAAAA